CUCAGUAGCGCAUGCGCAGUGACAGGAUAAGUCUGGUCAACGUCUUAACGAAGCAGGAUGGAUGUAGUGUUACAUUUAAUAGCUAGCUAGCUAUUUUGUACAUCUGAUUUUGGCUCGAAAUGGGAAAAGGCUGUAAAGUUGUGGUGUGUGGCCAGGCAGCUGUUGGGAAAACUGCCAUUUUGGAACAGCUGCUGUAUGGAAAUCACAAAGUAGGCUCUGAGUCCAAUGAGACACAAGAGGAUGUGUAUGUGGCCUCAGUGGAAACUGACCGUGGUGUGAAGGAACAGCUGAGGCUCUAUGACACCAAGGGCCUGCAUGACGGACAAGACCUCCCCAAGCACUACUACUCAGUGGCAGAUGGCUUCGUACUUGUCUAUAGCAUCGACAGCCUGGAGUCGUUCAAGAAGGUGGACGUUGUAAAGAAGGAAAUAGACAAAUCCAGAGAUAAAAAAGAGGUGACAGUCAUAGUGCUGGGGAAUAAGACAGACCUUUGGGAGCGUCGCCAGGUGGACCAGGAGGUGGCCCAACAAUGGGCACGAGGCGAGAAGGUGAAGCUGUGGGAGGUGAGUGUCGCCGAACGCAACUCACUCAUUGAGCCCUUCACUCAGCUGACCAGCCGCCUCACACAGCCUCAGAGCAAGUCUUCCUUCCCUCUGCCAGGGCGCAAAAGCAAGGGCACCCCUUCCAACGACAUCUGAACCCUAACCCAACUCCCAUCUCUACUUUGUGUCUUAAUGACAAGCCGCAUUCAUCUCAUAUGGGAACAGCCAGCAGGACGGAUGCUGCUGGGUACAUCUGGCCAUUUUACACUUAUGCAUUCACUUGUAUACAGUUUUAACAUAACUUUGUAGGAGUAGUUUAACUUUUACACUGACAAUUUCUUUUUGAAAGUGUGAUGAGAAGAUCAGCACAAAUAUAUGUGUGGUAGAUAACUGCUGAAAGUGUUCUUGACAAACAAGAUAUCCAUCUACUCUGCACUGCCGUAAACUAUUUGUUUGCCAGAUACAGUUAUUGAGCACAGGUUGUGGUGGUGAUGACGAGUUUGGGAAAAAAAUUGUGAUUUUAUGUUUUAAAUGGUUGUAGAGGGAGUUGCAUGUUGUAGCUCUUUCUUGGCAAAGCAUUGUGGUGUAGCUUUUCAGACUGUCAUCAUUGUGAGGUUGCCAAUUUUGGGCACCAAACCUAUAGAUAUGCCAAAAACUUUGCUCACUGACCAUAUCUGGCAAUCCAGGCUGCAGCUGAAGACACUACCCAGAAAUGUUAGGUGCAUCUGUGAACUGAUGCUUGUCAAGAAAUAGUUCCAGCAUACACUCAGUGGCCACUUCAUUAGGUACACCUGUACCACCUAUUGCAGUUCAAUACAACAACCCUGCCCUAUGUUCUACCUUUACAUGGUUUUUGUUGUUGAAAAUGUGCUACUAUGGCCUCAACUAUGAAAGUGUCAACAAAAUGAAUGCCACAGGAACAUUAAAAAACUGACUGGAAAGUUGAAUUGGAUUGUGUGAGACUAUACAGGUGUACCGAAUAAAAUGGACAGUAUGAUUUGUAACUCUUAAUGUUUUUUGGUAAACCUUAGAAGUAUUAAACAUCAGGUUUUUGAACUUUAGAGAGAAUCAGGUUAGCUUGCUCCCACUGCUUACGUUAAGCUAGCUAAGCUGUAUUUACAGAAAUAUUGACCUUGUCAAGAUACAUGUUGUAAUUCAUCCUUUACAGCCAGAUAAAGCCGACGCUGUCCUAUAAGCUCUGGCAUCAAAUGCUGACUUCCCCAGUAGCUCAUGAAUGCUGUAGACUAACAGUAUUUUCAGAAGGAAGUCUUGUACCUAAAAUGUUAUUUCCUGUCUGAUGUGAAUGCAGCAUUAAUUAGUGGCGGGCAAGACUCCGCUAGCCUUUGUCCAGUCCAUCUCCUGUAUUAAAGUAUGGCCUGGCAGCAAUAAUAUUCAAGGUACUUAGGCCUUUACUUUUGUGUUGUAUGAUUUUAUAAUGUCUGGCAGUAGCUGCACUCCUGUGUGUCGUCCUGCCUAUAUAAUCCAAUAGGGCUAUUUGUUAAGUGUGUGUGCGCAACCCUUUAUAGUAGAAAUGUGUUUAUUUUUUAACAAAUUUAUUUUUGUCAUUCCUUGACUUUUGAGAACAGAGACAAUGUGAACAAUGAGCUGUACUGUUUUUGUGUCCUUCAUGUUUGAGAGUAACGUUUCAUGCGCUGCUAAUAGAACAGAGGUAGUGAACAUGCUAACCUUAAAUUACUCUGUGCACUGUAACUGUCUUAAGAUGCACUGAAUAAAAUGUAGCCUCUUCAUAUUAUAUCCUUUAUUUUGGUGGUAUGGUGAAGUGAAUAUGAACUAAACCUUUUUUUUUUAAUCAAAGAAAGUCAGAUGCUUCAGUUGGGCAUGUUUAAUUUUUUAAGGGAAAAACAAACAGCUUUUCAUCAGUACAGAACACGAAUCACAACCGAUAUCCAUCCACAUCUAAACUUGUCUACAUGUGUAAAUCACCCUUUCAAAGACCAGGGGGUUGGAGGGGGAAGCAAACAGCAACUGGAGUUUUUAUGCAUGUGAAAUUUACACCGACCUAAUUGACUAGGAAUCAUGCUGUGACACAUUUCAUCUAGCAGUUAAGGAUCAAUGUCCAUCUUCAAGCACAAGCUAAAAAAAAA